GCAUCCUAAUUUCUCGCUAAAAAUGCUCAAUCUUAAUACACCCUUUUGUCCUGUACUAUUCAUCUUCGUCUUCCCCUCAAUCUCCAUCCUCACAGUCGCAACCAUCUCCAAUCCCUAACCCAGACCACUUCAUUUGCCAGCUCCAAACCAUACGCGCCCACCACCCUCUCCCAUCUACCUCCACCGACAAUAACAACAACAUUACACCAAGAAUCCCUUAAGAUCUCCCUCCAUUUUCAUCCUUUUGCCACAACCAACAAUCCCUUCAGAGUUCCUAGAGAUAACAAAAAUGGGUUUAAUGGUGAAGGUAUGAUAUGCGACUGUCAUAUGAACCAGAGGGAGCCAAAGAGAAUCAAGUCUAUUGAGAAAUGAACAAAAUACAUUUGAGGAAAAUAGAGGAAUUAGGGAUUUGAAAUUAAACAAGAUCAAUAAACAAAAACCAAUUGUUAUGGUUUCACUUCUUUGGUUUCUGUUAGGCUGCCAUUAGAGUGAAGAAAACGAAAGAAUGUUCUGGAAGGACAUGGAGGGAAAAGAGAAUGGAUCCAUGAAAGAAGAAGAAGAAAGUGAGGUUCUGAUAGGUUCUAGCGAUUAAAGGGCUCUCAAUUUGAUCUGUUUUGAUGCAAUUUUGAUUUGAAGUGGAACUUCUUUGAUAAGGAUUUUUGUAAAGUGACUUCCAAACAAUUGGGCACGUUUCUAAAUGAGUAUCUGGUACUACUCGACUUUAAUUAAUUUUCAGAAAGAGGCUAUGUCAUGAUCAUUUAAUUUGGCGUAAAGUCAAGAUAAUUUUAUAACAAUGGGGGCAGCAAAUUCUAAAAUAGAGGAAGAGAAGGCUCUACUGCUGUGUCGUGAAAGAAAGAAAUUUGUUCGGCAAGCACUUGAUGGAAGGUGUUCGCUAGCAGCCGCUCAUGUUGCAUAUAUCCAGUCGCUGAAACUCACCGGAACUGCUCUCAGGAAAUUUCUAGCACCUGAAGCUCCAAUUGAAUCUUCCUUGUACACUUCCACUACUGCAACACCUGAGCCAGUUGCAUUAACUGAGAAGUCUCUUUCGCAGUUCUCGUUUUCUUCUCCAACUUUGUCACAACCUGUGGAAGCAACUGAAAACCUUUCUCCGUCUCCAUCUCCUCCCAGCUCUACUCGUUUUCAGGUAAAUCAUAUGAGAUUUAGGGGUUUCUCCUCCAAUAAAGUUGAAGAGAAACACCCUUUACCUGUUACAGGAACAGUAACCUCAUCAAGUACCCCACAAAAUGUGACACCUUACUCCUCUAAUAAACCAGAAACUUCACCAUUUGAGGGUUCUUCUGGAACUCCCCCUUGGGAUUUCUUUGGUUUUUUCCAUCCUAUUGACCAUCAGUUUUCUUUUCAAGAUGGAAAGGGAAUGAACCAAGGAUUCGAAAAUCUGGAUCGUACAAGACAGCUUAGGGAAGAGGAGGGAAUCCCUGAACUGGAAGAUGAGGAAGAGAAGGCAUCUUCUCAUGAGAGGGAAGAAUCUCAGGAUUCAGAAGAUGAAUUUGAUGAGUCCCCCACAGAUACUUUGGUUCGAAGUUUUGAAAAUCUUAAUAGGAUACAUGAUCAUCGUGUCCCUAGUGCUGCACCUACCAUGCCUUCUGCUGCCAGUGUAGCUUCAGAAUCUGAGUUAUUGAAUGGGGAGAAAAGUAACUCUCCUCAUAUAUCACCACCAAGAACACCCUCCUCAGCAGUUACUAAUCCAACCACAAAGGAAACACCAGUGAAAGAAGAUGGUGCUGCAAACAAGGUUGCUCCAAAGGACUUCCUUUCAAGCAUGAAAGACAUUGAAUAUCUCUUUAUGAAAGCUUCCGAGUCUGGGAAAGAAGUGUCUAGGAUGCUUGACGCAAAUAAGCUGCAUUUCCGUCCAAUAGUCCCGGGCAAAGAAAGUGGGUCGGUAAGUUCUACAAUCUUCAAGGCAUGUUUCUCUUGUGGGGAAGAGCCUAGCCAAGUUCAAGAAGCACCUCCUCAAGCUGCUGUAAAGUACUUAACUUGGCAUAGGACCACAUCAUCACGAUCAUCUUCAUCACGUAACCUUCUUGGAUUGAAUGCCAACGAUGAUUCAGAGGACCUUGCCGGUAAUCUUUUUGAUAACUUUUGCAUGAUCUCUGGCAGUCAUGCCUCAACCUUGGAUAGGCUAUAUGCAUGGGAGAGGAAGCUUUAUGAUGACGUGAAGGCUUGUGAGAUGAUAAGAAGGGUGUACGAUUCCAAGUGUAGAAUUCUUAGGCAACUGGAAUCAAAAGGGGAAAGCUCCAACAAAAUUGAUAAAACCCGUGCUGUUGUUAAAGAUCUACACUCCAGAAUCAGAGUAGCUAUUUACAGGAUUGAUUCAAUAUCAAAGAGGAUUGAGGAAUUGCGGGACAAAGAGCUCCAACCACAGCUCGAGGAGUUAAUCAAAGGGCUAAGUCGGAUGUGGGAUGUUAUGCUUGAGUGCCACAAACUUCAGUUCCAAAUCUUCUCAGUUGCAUACAACAAUGGCAAUUACAAAAUCUCUCUACAGUCAGAAUCGCAUCGCCACAUUGCAAGCAAUCUUGUGAAUGAACUGAGCUGUCUGUCUUCAACUUUCGCAAAGUGGAUUGGUUCUCAGAAGUCCUAUCUGCAAUCUAUAAAUAAUUGGCUUCUGAAAUGCGUCUGUAUCCCUCAAAAAUCUUCCAGGAGAAAAAGGAGGCCACAAGCCCCUAACUUGAAAAACUUGGGCCCUCCAAUAUAUGUUACCUGUGGUGACUGGAUGGAGAAACUUGAUGAUUUUUCUACCGAGGAUGUUGUAGAAUCUAUGAAGUGUUUGGCAGCUGACACGACUCACUUUUUGCCUCACCAGGAGAAGAACCAGGGGAAACUUUAUAAUGGUAGUGAGUCAGCGGAUAACCUAUUGAGAGAUGAAGCUUCAGAGGACUGGAUUUCAGGCCUUAAUCGUUUCCAAUCAAGCUUAAAGCUCUUUCUUGGUCAGUUGAAUAACUUUGCGGGAUUUUCUGCAAAGCUGUAUACAGAACUUCAAAUUUCCAUAGAAGAUGCUAAAACUAAUUAUGAAAGAUGGAAGUUGCGAGUAGAAGCUCAUGAGUUGGAAAGAAAGAACAUGGAUACAGAGAAAACAAGAGGGAUUGCUUGAGUUUUCAUUGCAGUGAUUCGGAAUCGAUCCAAUACAUGAGGAAUGUUCGAGGGGACUUGAAGUUAAUCUGAUAUUUGUAGAUGGAAGAAGAACACCCCAAUAAAAGGGUACCUGUUUGGAAAUAAAAGGGUUGCUAGAUUUUGAUUUAUGUAUUGAGAGAUGGGUUGGUUUUUAGUUCAGCACCAUUGGUACCGAGGUCGGACAGAGAAGAAAGAAUUUUUUCCAUGUACACAAAAUCUGUAUAUUUGUGUUUUACAUAAUGUAGGAAAUCAUAUAAAAUUUCACUCCCUUCUUUUCUUCCUCUA